CUUAAUUAGUACAGCUCACAAUGAGCACUUCACUCCAUGACACGGUAGGUUGAGUCUCUUGCCAUCAGUCUGCUCCCAUUCAAAACGAUUGCACAAGCAUGUCCAACGAUGCUCCCUUCCACGGCCUCCUCUUCUGGUACGCCCACUUCUCCACCAUCCCGGAUACCCAAACAAUCCGCCUAACCGACUCCCUCCGCGGCAACCUGACUUUAGGCCUCGACUUCCCUGUCGCUCUCGCCGUCGCGAUAGGCCGCCAUCUCUUCCUCCGAAACACCAGCCUCUUCUCCCUCAACGUCCACGUCCCCUCCGUCUCCGUCACGAAGACGCUGCUUGAUGGCGUACCGGUCGACGAGAAGCGCGAGUACACGCGUGCCGAGAUCUGGAAUGUAGCGGCCCAGAAUGGGAUUGCGGGACAGAUGGAUGCGUUGGGGUUGUGGGCGCUUGCGAGUGAUGUGGAGACGGGCAGGUUGAGGGGGAGUGAUGUUGUGGCUUUUCAGAGGGGGACAUUGUUUGAUGAGGUUGAGAGGAGGCGGAAGGGGAGGAAUCAAGUGUUACCGUUUUGGCGAGGGGGUCCGAUCUCUGUUGCUGGCCAUUCCUGGGCUGUCAAGAGAUUGCUCGACGUGGAUGUCUACCGAGCGGACUCGAAGCAUGACUGAGAUUGAUAGCUGGCUCUCACGUUCACCUUAUCAAGGAUAUGUUUCGCUUUCCUGUUGACACAUGUUCCUGCGGCUUCGAUAUACCAUGAUGCGCGUCUUGGCGAGAUCUAUUCGCCAUGUCAAACCUGGUGCUAUCACGUCUGCUAGUAUGAACGGACCGUAUUGAUCAUAUGGUAUCAUCUACGCACAAUGGAGCCAGCUAUGCUAUACCGCUCAAGUCUCGUCC